AUGACCUCAUUUCAGGCUUUAUAUGGUUAUACUCCACCACACAUGGCUUUUCCAGUGCAGGUUACUACUUCUGUGAUAGCAGUGCAAGAUUACCUUCAAGCAAGAGAUCAUAUGUUGCAGUUACUCAGGGAAUAUUUAUUGCAGGCUCAGCACAGGAUCAAACAUUUUGCUGACAUUAAAAGAACUGACAGAUCUUUUGUUGUGGGUGACUUAGUCUUUUUGAAAUUGCAGCCUUACAGGAAAUCUACAGUUGCCCUCAGAACUAACAUGAAACUUGCUGCAAAAUACUUUGUCCCCUUUGAAGUAGUGCAAAGAAUUGGUGUCGUUGCUUACAAAUUGAAGCUGCCUGUUGGUUCCAGAAUUCACCCUGUGUUUCAUGUGUCCCAACUAAAGAAGAAAAUUGGUCAACACCUGGUUCCUUCUCCUACCUUGCCUCUGGUGGAUAGUUCUGGUACAUUUAUUAUUACUCCAAUUGCUGUGCUUGAUUCCAGAUACAUCAUCAGAGAUGCUACCAUUGUGCCUCAAGUUUUGAUUCAAUGGGCUGGAGAUCUUGCUGAAGAUGCAACUUAG